AUGUCCUUCGUCCUGACCAUCGCUCUGGCCGCCGCCGCCGCGGCCGCCGAGACCAAGCCUGCUGGCCAGUUCUGCUACUACUUUGAUGGCACCCACGCUCAUCACGCUGAGCUGACCUUCUUGGGCCACUCCUUCGAUUACAAGGCCGAGGGCUCUGGCGCUCAGUACUUGUGCGGUGGUAUCACCUACGCCAUUCACAACGGGGAGAUCACCGUCGAGAACGCUCAGGGCUGCUGGUCCAAGGGCGAGCAUCAGACCAUCUUCUGGGAUGCUCGUGAUGAGUCUAUCAAGGUCAUCACGACUGACAGCAACGGCAAGACUGAGUUUGAGUACACCAAGGAGGCGUGCAAGAAGGACAAGGUCACUGUCGCCGAGGCCAAACCUUCCGGCGAGUUCUGCUAUGUUGGUAGCACGGCCACUCGCCAUGCGGAGUUGACCUUCUCUGAAAACGCCUUCAAGUAUCACGCUGCCCAGGGCGAUUCGCAGUAUACCUGUGGUGACAUCACCUACGCCAUUCACAACGGGGAGAUCACCGUCGAGAACGCUCAGGGCUGCUGGUCCAAGGGCGAGCGUCAGACCAUCUUCUGGGACGCUCGUGAUGAGUCUAUCAAGGUCAUCACGACUGACAGCAACGGCAAGACUGAGUUUGAGUACACCAAGGAGGCGUGCAAGAAGGACAAGGUCACUGUCGCCGAGGCCAAACCUGCCGGCGAGUUCUGCUAUGUUGGUAGCACGGCCAAUCGCCAUGCAGAGUUGACCUUCUCUGAAAACGCCUUCAAGUAUCACGCUGCCCAGGGCGAUUCGCAGUAUACCUGUGGUGACAUCACCUACGCCAUUCGCAACGGGGAGAUCACCGUCGAGAACGCUCAGGGCUGCUGGUCCAAGGGCGAGCGUCAGACCAUCUUCUGGGACGCUCGUGAUGAGUCUAUCAAGGUCAUCACGACUGACAGCAACGGCAAGACUGAGUUUGAGUACACCAAGGAGGCGUGCAAGAAGGACAAGGAGACCAGCAUCGACAUCUAG